CUGUCAACUGUCACUUUUCGUCAUCAACGAUUUGUCACUACUUUAUCAGGUUGAUUGUGUAUCUCAUUUUGACUUUUGAGCUAAAAAUAUAUGGAAAAACCCUUGCUUUGUCGAAAGUAAUAUAUAUAAAAGAUUCAGAAAAUAUAGUAGAAACCUAAACAAUGUCUAAGUUCGAGGAUAAUCCGUUUGGGGAUCCUACCAUAGACAACCCAUUUGCCGAUCCAGCCGUCCAGCAAGUUGCGAGAAGUACGAACAAUGCCACACAAGGUCUCGACGAUUACAAUCCCUUCGACGGGCAGCCUAGUCCAAAUCAACCCACGACCCAACAACCUCCACAGCCAGCAAUCAUGCAGGCUGUGUCGCCGCCCACAAACACACAUUUUGCUGGAGGCAGGACCCAGCCGCCUCAACAGCAGCCGCAAGGGCCACCCAACAAUAACCUCACUGCAGACCUUUUGAGGCGGCAAGAAGAAUUAGAACGUAAAGCGGAGGAGCUAGCCCGGCGCGAGGCAGAGCUCCGGGCCGGGUCCGCCGGCAGACGGAACAACUGGCCGCCGUUACCCGGCUUCUGUCCCGUACAACCGUGCUUCUACCAGGAUAUAAAUGUGGACAUACCGCUCGAGUUCCAGAGGAUCGUGCGGCACCUGUACCACCUGUGGAUGUUCCACGCGCUGAUCCUCGCCCUGAACAUCGUAGGCGCGAUGAGCCUCAUGUUUGCCGGCGAAGGGUUCACCGUUUUCGGCCUCGCCAUACUCUACUUCGUGCUGCUGACUCCCUUCAGCUUCGUCUGCUGGUACCGGCCCAUCUACAAGGCGUUCAGGAGUGACUCCUCCUUCAACUUUAUGGUGUAUUUCUUCAUAUUCCUGUUCCAAAUCAUCAUUGCUGUGGUGCAGAGUGUUGGGUUCAAUGGGAGUGGUUAUUGCGGUCUUAUCACCAGCAUCGCCAUAUUCCAGACGAACAUCGGGGUCGGUAUCAUCACCAUUCUGAUCACCAUCGGGUUCAUCACCAGCGCCGUGGCCGAUGUCAUGCUCAUGGCUAAGGUGCACCGCAUAUACCGAUCGACGGGAGCGUCGCUCGCCAAAGCUCAGACGGAGUUCACAACGGAGAUCCUCCGCAACCCGCACGUGCAGACCGCCGCGUCCAGCGCGGCCGCCGCCGCCGUCAACGCGCAGAUCGCGCAGGCCAACCGCUACUAGCCGAUGUGAAACAUACGGACCGCUCCAAACGUGCAUUUAGAAGUUACGCAACGUACACUGCAAAUGAGCUAGUGGUAAUUCGCUUUUUCUCUUUGCUCACGAGACGUGUAAACAUGAAUGAUCAUGUUUAUAUAUUUCGUGGGCUUUUCCGUCGUAUUUAUUGGUGUAUGUUACGUCACCAUGCAGAGACAUGUUGGAAGAGCUAAAUGUUAA